AUGAUUAGAACUGUGAAACCAAAAAAUGCACGCUCGAAAAGAGCAUUAGCUAAAAAGGAAGCUAAAUUAAUAGAAAAUACCAAAUCUGCAUUAUUUGUACCUGGAUCAACUGGUAAUAAAUUAUUACAUGAUGCAAUGUGUGAUUUAAUGGCUUUAAAAAAACCAUUUGCAAAGAAAUUUACUAAAAAAAAUGAAAUAAGGCCAUUUGAAGAUUCAACAGGAUUGGAUUUUUUUGCUGAAAAGAAUGAUUCUUCUUUAAUGGUAUUUUCAACUCAUAAUAAAAAAAGACCAAAUACAUUAAUUUUCACGAGAUUUUUCAAUCAUAAAGUUUAUGAUAUGAUUGAAUUAUCAAUUUUGAAUCAUAAAUUAUUGCAGGAUUUUAAAAAAACUACAUUUACAAUAGGUUUAAAACCAAUGUUUGUAUUUAAUGGACCAUUAUUUGAUUCACAUCCAAUUUAUCAACAAAUAAAAUCAUUCUUUCUUGAUUUUUAUAGAGGUGAAGAAACUGAUUUACAAGAUGUUGCAGGAUUACAAUAUGUUAUAUCAUUAUCAACUGGUGAAUUAGAAGAUAUAAAUAAUGAUAAAAAUUUAUCAGCUGUAUAUUUUAGAGUUUAUAAAUUAAAAUCAUAUAGAUCUGGUCAAAAAUUACCAAGAAUUGAAUUGGAUGAAAUUGGGCCAAGAUUUGAUUUUAAAAUAGGUAGAAGAAUUACACCAGCACCAGAAGUUGAAAAAGAAGCAAAUAAAAAACCAAAACAAUUACAUCCAAAAGAAAAGAAGAAUGUAUCAACUGAUUUUAUGGGUGAUAAAGUUGCACAAAUUCAUGUUGGUAAACAAGAUUUAGGUAAAUUACAAACAAGAAAAAUGAAAGGUUUAAAAGAGAAAUAUGAUCAAAUAAGUGAAGAUGAAGAUGAAGAUGAAGAUCAAGAUGUAGAUAGUGAUGAUGUAUAUGUAUCAGAAGAAGAAUAUUUUGCAGAUGAAGUUGAAGAACCACAACCAAAGAAACAAAAGAAGUAA